AUGUUUUAUCGUCGUUUACACGAUGAUGGGGUGAAGGAGGAUAGCCAGCAAGACUCGGAGAUGUUAGCCACAUGGGGGAGUAUGUGGAAAGUCCGACCUCGCAAGGGAAAAGUGGACUUUAGCCUAGAGUCCACCAGACCCUUGAUGACCGAGUCUUGCGGUGUCUUUGACAUUCGCAAGAAGUUCGAUGAGGCAGUUUCCCUCUUUCCAGAUUGGAAAACUACCGGGAUUGAUAAACAAACUAGUGAUUCUGAAAAGCUUAAAAAUCUCGAUCUUAAAGUUUUCGAAAUUUUUCAUAAAUUGCGACUUGAAAAAGUUCCCUUAUCUGGACCGACCAUUAAGAAAAUUGGGUCGAUGGUCGCUUCAAAAUUAUUAUUGAAUAAUUUCAAAUCGUCUAAUGGUUGGCUUCAAAGAUUCAAGAAACGACAUAAUUUACAAUACAAAACAUUGUGUGGUGAAAAGGGUUCCGCAGAUACAUCCAUGCUCCCUCAUUUUUUCCAAGGAUUAGAUACAAAAGUUGUUUAUUACGGUAAAGAAAAUGUAUUUAAUUGCGACGAAACUGCACUUUAUUUCAAAAAUACACCAACUAAGUCAUUUGUACAAUGUGGUCAAAAUUCGUUUGGUUUUAAGCAGCACAAGGAAAGGGUUAGCCUGCUUGUAUGCUGCAGUUAUCUUGGAGAGAAACUGGAGCCUUUAAUUAUCGGCAAAUAUCGAAACCCUCGGUGUUUAAAACAAUUCAAUCCUGAUGUUUUUAACGUCAUGUACUCUUUUUCUAAAAAUUCGUGGAUGACAACUGAAAUUUUUAAAAGCUGGGUUUUUAAAUUAAAUACCAGAAUACUUUCUGAAACCCGAAAAAUAUUAAUGUUGUUGGAUAAUGCUAGUUCUCAUAGACUAUCCGAUUAUUCAAACAUUGAAUUUUUAUAUUUACCUAAAAACACUACAUCGUUAGUUCAGCCAUUGGAUAUGGGCAUAAUUAAAGCACUGAAGACAAAUUACAGUUAUUUACUUAUCGAAUUCGUAUGCAUUUGUGAAAAUAGAAGCAAUUUUUUGGAAGCAAUCAAAAGUUUCAAUUUAUGGAAUGUGAUGCAACUAAUUUCUAAAGCCUGGGCCAAUGUAACUUCAAAUCAAAUUCAAAAUUGUUGGAAAAAAAUUUUUAAGUGUAAAUGGGAGGAAACAAUAAAUAUCAAUUCGAAGAUUCAUACGGACGUGACAGAAAUGGUGAACGAAGUCUUUGUCGAAGAAUUGCUUGAAAGCGAAAUAAAUUUUUAUAAUGGGCCUGAAUCAACAGACAUCAUAGAUCCACUGACUCUUAUUAAUAAUAUGGAGGAAAAUAUAUGCAAACUUUCUUCAGAAUUAUUAAAUGAUUUCUGCGGUUUAAGGAAAAAAAUAAUAAUUAAUUUACGGGAUAAAAAUCGUUUUGGAGAAAAGAUUACGCAUUAUUUCAAAAAAGUAUAA